UCUAGUUAUUUCUCCAUUAUUAUUAUUACACUCAAAACAUCAUCGAAUUCCAUCGAACUCCAUAGAGAGAACUCAUACAGGCGAGAUUGCAGCCAUGACCGGCUCUUGGAGAAGAAACGGCUCCAUGAUCGUGUUUUUGAUCGUCUUCAUUGGAUGUGUAUUUGGCAUUUCAUCUGCCAAAGAGGAAGCUACCAAAUUAGGAACAGUUAUUGGGAUAGAUCUUGGAACAACCUAUUCUUGUGUUGGUGUUUAUAAAAAUGGUCAUGUUGAGGUUAUAGCAAAUGACCAGGGUAACCGUAUUACACCUUCAUGGGUUGCUUUUACGGAUACUGAGCGUUUGAUUGGUGAGGCUGCGAAGAAUUUGGCAGCUGUUAAUCCUGAAAGGACUAUAUUUGAUGUCAAGAGACUCAUCGGAAGAAAGUUUGAUGACAAGGAGGUACAAAAGGAUAUGAAGCUUUUUCCUUACAAGAUUGUGAACAAGGAUGGAAAACCUUACAUCCAGGUUAAGAUUAAAGACGGUGAGGUCAAGGUAUUCAGCCCUGAGGAAAUCAGUGCUAUGAUCCUUGUUAAGAUGAAAGAAACAGCUGAAGCAUUCCUUGGAAAGACUAUUAGGGAUGCUGUCGUGACAGUUCCUGCAUAUUUCAACGAUGCCCAAAGGCAGGCUACAAAGGAUGCUGGAGUCAUUGCCGGUCUGAAUGUUGCUAGGAUCAUUAAUGAACCAACUGCUGCAGCCAUUGCAUAUGGGUUGGACAAGAAAGGUGGUGAAAAGAACAUCCUGGUCUUUGAUCUUGGUGGUGGAACCUUUGAUGUCAGUGUUUUGACCAUUGAUAACGGUGUCUUUGAGGUGCUUGCCACAAACGGAGAUACUCAUCUUGGAGGUGAGGACUUUGACCAGAGGAUCAUGGAAUAUUUCAUCAAGUUGAUCAAGAAGAAGCACGGAAAGGACAUCAGCAAGGACAACAGAGCCCUUGGAAAGUUGAGGAGAGAAGCUGAACGUGCAAAGAGGGCUCUAAGUAGCCAGCACCAGAUCCGUGUUGAGAUUGAAUCCCUCUUCGAUGGUGUUGAUUUUUCUGAGCCAUUGACCAGAGCCAGAUUUGAGGAGUUGAACAAUGAUUUGUUCAGAAAGACCAUGGGGCCAGUGAAGAAGGCUAUGGAUGAUGCCGGUUUGCAGAAGAACCAAAUUGACGAGAUUGUUCUUGUUGGUGGUAGUACAAGGAUUCCCAAGGUUCAACAGCUCCUUAAAGACUACUUUGACGGAAAGGAACCCAACAAGGGUGUCAAUCCUGAUGAAGCCGUUGCUUAUGGUGCUGCUGUACAAGGAGGCAUCUUGAGUGGAGAAGGUGGUGAUGAAACCAAAGAUAUCCUUCUAUUGGAUGUUGCACCUCUCACCCUUGGAAUUGAAACUGUUGGAGGAGUAAUGACAAAAUUGAUUCCAAGAAACACUGUCAUUCCAACCAAGAAAUCUCAAGUCUUUACAACCUACCAGGAUCAGCAGACCACCGUCACCAUUAAUGUGUAUGAAGGUGAAAGGAGUAUGACAAAGGAUUGCAGAAAUCUUGGCAAGUUUGAUUUGAAUGGAAUUCCUCCUGCCCCUAGGGGAACUCCUCAAAUUGAAGUAACAUUUGAAGUAGAUGCCAAUGGUAUCUUAAAUGUCAAGGCUGAGGAUAAGGCUUCAGGGAAAUCAGAGAAGAUUACCAUCACAAACGACAAGGGUCGUUUGAGCCAAGAGGAGAUUGAAAGAAUGGUUAGGGAAGCAGAGGAGUUUGCAGACGAAGACAAGAAGGUGAAGGAGAGAGUUGAUGCCCGUAACAGUUUGGAGACAUACAUUUACAACAUGAAGAACCAGAUCAAUGACAAAGACAAGUUGGCAGACAAGCUUGAAAGCGACGAGAAGGAGAAGAUUGAAGCAGCAGUUAAGGAGGCUCUUGAGUGGUUGGAUGAUAACCAAUCUGCAGAGAAGGAGGAUUAUGACGAGAAGCUUAAGGAAGUUGAGGCAGUUUGUAAUCCGAUCAUCACGGCUGUUUACCAAAGAUCUGGCGGUGCUCCUGGUGGAGCUGGAGCCGGAGGUGAGGAAGAAGAUGAAGAUGAUUCACGCGAUGAACUUUGAAGUUAAAACUGGAUAAUUUUGUUGAAGAGAAGGAAGGAAGAAGAUGUAGGAUAUAAUAUUAAGAAGGAGCUUCUUAUAUAUACUAUAUAUGUCAUUGUAAUUCUUUCCUGCCUUUUUUUUUGUUUUUUGGUUCUCCCCUCUAUUAGGAAGGAAGGAGAUGAUACAUUUUGAAAAAGUGGACAUUUAUCUUAUUAUUUUUCUGUGCCUUUUCUUCUCUUUUACUUAGGAAGAUAAUAAGUCUAAUUUAAAUGUGUAAUCUUCUUGGUAAUCAUUUAUAUAUUCUUCAUUUUUCGGUUUAGUU